AUGACUACGCUAGAGUGCGACUAUCAGAUCAAGCUGUUGUGGGAAGAGGAUGCCCUUCAACGGAACAUAGCUCAUGGGAGAGGAAAAGCUCCAGCUCGCAAACGAGAGGUCGCUCAACUGGUCGAACAGCCUCUCGCCUACCGGGUUUCCGAGUAUGAAUUCUGCAAUACCACAACAUCGGAUUUUGAUGCCAUGUACUGGAACAGCCCAUCAAGCUUAGGUAUCGACGAUGAAGACGAUAGCGAUGUCGAGGAAGUGGUGCGGGCGACCGGAUUGAAAUGCAUCCCAGUCCCGCCACAUUCGCCUUAUCUUGGUUCAGAUGCGUUUCUUCUGGACUACUACAUCAGUGAGCUCUCCCCAAAAUGUUCACUCAGUAGGAUCAACAACCCUUAUCUUUAUACUCUGCUGCCUGUUGCAUUCGAGUUCGAGCCUCUCAGGAACGCUUUACUGGCAGCUGCAGCCAAUGAACUACGCCUUCAACAGCAUGGAGAGUUUGAGAAAUUGGCGUUGAAGCUCAGAGAUGCCGCCAUCAGAGGACUUCGUGCUCAUCUUCAGACAGCGGAGAUGGAUUGGAGGGGCUUGGCAGUCAUGCUGAUGUUCUGCUUCUAUGAUAUCUCUGACGGGUGUGCACCUUCUUGGAUUACACAUCAUAAAAUGGCACUGAAAAUGUUAGACCGCCUUCGAGCCAACUCAAAGACAGACACGAGUUUGAAGGCGCUCUGUGAAAUCUACUUCGUGGCUCAUGAGGUCAUGGGACAGACUGCGUGGGAGAAUCCGUCUCCUGUCCGUGACCUCUUAUGGAUUCCACACAACCCACAAGAGAUUGAUGUUUUGACAGGCUGCUCCCGUCAGCUCCUGUCAAUUAUACAUCGGAUAUCAUCCCUCGCUCAACGCAUAAGGCAGAACACUUUUCGCGCGAAUGAUCAAUUGUUGAGUGAAAAGUCAGCGCUGAUCCAGGAGUUGUUGACUCUCCAUCAGGUCCCCGCUUCUGGAAGCAAUGACCUGAAUGUCGUCCAGACUGUUGCAGAAGCAAAACGUCUUGCCGCAUUGAUCUACCUGGAAGAGAAACUGCCCGUAGUCGGGUUCCCAGAACCACGUCAAAUCGACCCGACCGCAAUCGUGCAAGAUCUUCUUGAAGUCCUAUCUGGUCUGCCACUACAUAAUGCUGCUACACUCUGGCCACUAUUUGUCUUGGGUGUGUCACGUUUUACUACUCACGAUCAGCUUAUGAUCGUGCUCUCUAGGUUGCUCUGCCUGGAACAGUCUCGUCCACUGGGCAGCAUCUGUCAUGCUCGUCGCAUAGUGCAAGGUCAUGCAGGGGAUUCUCCGUUAAGUAUUGAUCGCUACCAAACUUCCAAGGCACGAAUCAGCCUGGCUUAA